UCGGCUCCAAACUAGGACUUGCUGUGAGAGGUCUGCUGCCUGGAGCCCCGCGGCUUGCCUGCCGGAACCCGAGCCGCUGCCUGCUGCUUUCUCUGCCUUCAGAUCAGCUGCUGCACCCACAAUGGAGACUUUCUUUAGGAGACACUUCAGGAGGAAGGGGCCAGGGGCAGGCCUCAGUGGGCAGCGGAGGGGGAGCGGGGUGGCCCUCCCCACGGGCAAGGUCCGACGUCGAUCCCCAGCCGGCCAGCCUUCCUCCUCUCUGGCCCAGCAGCGAAGGUCCAGUUCGCAGCUCCAGGGCUGCCUCCUUAGCUGUGGGGUGAGGGCCUCCCGUCGCCGCUCCAGCACGGUACCGCCCAGCCACAACCCCCAACUGACUGUGGUGCCGGUCCCACCCCCGAGACUGGCCCAGACUGCUAGUGAAACGCACCUCCUGGGGACCCCCGUGCUCCUCUCUGACCUCCUGGGGAGGAACGAAGAAAGGGAGGAAGAGACGGGGCUUCCCGGCCUAAGGACCCCUCAGGCGGGUGGCCCUCAGCCCCCGAGCAGCAGGCCCCGGCUCCGUGUGCCCCGAUGUCUGCGUCGCCGCCGAAAUUCUUCCCACCUGCUCCCCGCCGACGGCAUGUACGAGCGGACCAUCUGGGGCCUACACGGUUACUACCGACGUCUCAGCCAGUACCGGCCCUCGGGGCAGCACCUUGUCACCGGCUCCCGAAAGGCCUCGGGCGCCUCUGCCAGCCCGCUGCUGCUGGCCCACCUGCGCCCCCUGUCCCGUAGGCGCCAAGUGGCCCUGAAACGCAAGUCAGCCGGACCAGAGGCCUGGAGUUCUCGGCUCUCGAAAGCCAUCGCCAAGUCGGGUCUUCAGCAUCUGGUGCCCCCAAACCCGAGCCCUGGAGCCCCAUGUGGCGAGCCUGAAAGGCAGAUUCGAAGCACUGUGGACUGGAGCGAAACGGCCGCCUACGGGGAGCACAUCUGGUUCGAGACCAAUGUGUCUGGAGACUUCUGCUAUGUCGGGGAGCAGUACUGUGUGGCCAAGAUGCUGAAAUCCGUGUCUCGACGCAAGUGUGCCGCCUGCAAGAUUGUCGUGCACAUGCCUUGUAUCGAGCAGCUGGACAAGAUUAACUUCCGCUGUAAGCCGUCCUUCAGGGAAUCAGGGUCGAGGAAUGUGCGGGAGCCAACUUUCGUUCGUCAUCACUGGGUGCAUCGGCGGCGGCAAGAUGGCAAGUGCCGGCACUGUGGGAAGGGCUUCCAGCAGAAGUUCACCUUCCACAGUAAAGAGAUCGUGGCCAUCAGCUGCUCGUGGUGUAAGCAGGCGUACCACAAUAAGGUGUCCUGCUUCAUGAUCCAGCAGAUCGAGGAGCCCUGCUCCCUGGGGGCGCACGCCGCCGUGGUCAUCCCCCCGACCUGGAUCCUCCGGGCCCGCCGCCCCCAGAACCCCCUGAAGGUCAGCAAAAAGAAGAAGAGGACGUCCUUCAAGAGGAAGUCCAGCAAGAAGGGGCCCGAGGAGGGCCGCUGGAAGCCGUUCAUCAUCAAGCCUACCCCGUCCCCCCUCAUGAAGCCCCUGCUGGUGUUUGUGAAUCCCAAGAGCGGAGGCAAUCAGGGCUCUAAGAUCAUUCAGUCCUUCCUCUGGUAUCUCAACCCACGGCAAGUCUUUGACCUGAGCCAGGGCGGCCCCAAGGAGGCGCUGGAGCUGUACCGGAGAGUGCCCAACCUUCGGAUCCUGGCGUGCGGGGGCGACGGCACGGUCGGCUGGAUCCUCUCCACCCUGGACCAACUGCGCCUGAAGCCAUCGCCGCCUGUUGCCAUUCUGCCCCUGGGCACCGGCAACGAUCUCGCCCGGACCCUCAACUGGGGCGGAGGCUACACGGAUGAGCCGGUGUCCAAGAUCCUUUCCCACGUGGAGGAGGGAAACGUGGUGCAGCUGGACCGCUGGGACCUGAGAGCGGAGCCCAAUCCCGAGGCCGGGCCUGACGAGCGGGACGAGGGCGCGACCGACAGGCUGCCCCUGGACGUCUUCAACAACUACUUCAGCCUCGGCUUUGAUGCCCACGUCACCCUGGAGUUCCACGAGUCUCGAGAGGCCAAUCCAGAAAAGUUCAACAGCCGCUUUCGGAACAAGAUGUUCUAUGCCGGGACAGCGUUCUCCGACUUCCUGAUGGGCAGCUCCAAAGACUUGGCCAAGCAUAUCCGGGUGGUGUGCGACGGCACAGACCUGACCCCCAAGAUCCAGGACCUGAAGCCCCAGUGCAUCGUCUUCCUCAACAUCCCCAGGUAUUGUGCGGGCACCAUGCCCUGGGGCCACCCCGGGGAGCACCACGACUUUGAGCCGCAGAGGCACGAUGACGGCUACCUCGAGGUCAUCGGCUUCACCAUGACGUCGCUGGCUGCGCUCCAGGUGGGCGGCCACGGGGAGCGCCUGACUCAGUGCCGGGAGGUGGUGCUCACGACGGCCAAGGCCAUCCCGGUGCAGGUGGAUGGGGAGCCCUGCAAGCUGUCUGCUUCGUGCAUCCGCAUCGCCCUGCGCAAUCAGGCCACCAUGGUGCAGAAGGCCAAACGGAGGAGCUCCGUCCCCCUGCGCAGCGAGUACGGCCUGGGCCCUGCCCCGAACCCCCGACCUCUGCCCCUGGCCCCGGCUCCCCCUGCCGCCCACUCGCCCCUUUCCCUGACCUCCGGCCCUUCCUGCCCCAGUCAGCAGCCCGUCCCCGAGCAGCUUCGGAUCCAGCUUCGCCGGGUCAGCAUGCACGACUACGAGGCCCUGCACUACGACAAGGACAAGCUCAAGGAGGCCUCCGUGCCACUGGGCACCGUGGUGGUGCCAGGGGACAGCGACCUGGAGCUCUGCCGGACCCACAUCGAGAGGCUGCAGCAGGGGGAAGCCAACGGAGCAGGAGCCAAGGCUUCAUCAGGCCCCGCACUGUCAUCCAAGUGGUGUUUCCUGGAUGCAACCACGGCCAACCGAUUCUACCGGAUCGACCGGGCCCAAGAACACCUCAACUAUGUGACGGAGAUUGCUCAGGAUGAACUCUAUGUCUUGGACCCAGAGCUGCUGGGCACACCUGCCAGGCCAGACCUUGAGGCCCCCCAAACCCCCGGCCCCCCAUCUCCACCACCCUCUUCCCCCAGGCCCAGGCCAGAGCGAGGGGAUGCUCUGCCCCCAAAAGGGGAAGGCUUGAUAGAAGCUGCUGAGAGCAACGACUUCUGCAAGUUCCAGGAGCUGCACAGGGCAGGGGGGGACCUCAUGCUCCGGGACGCGCGGGGCCGCACGCUCUUGCACCUGGCAGUGGGAGCUGGGAGCAAGGAGAUCGUCCGCUACCUCCUGGACCAUGCCCCCACAGAAAUCCUGGACGCUGUGGAGGAGAACGGGGAGACGUCCCUCCAUCAGGCAGCCGCCCUGCGCCAGCGCACCAUCUGCCACUACAUCGUGGAGGCCGGAGCCUCACUCAUGAAGACUGACCUGCAGGGUGACACGCCGAGGCAGCGGGCAGAGAAGGCCCAGGACACGGAGCUGGCCGCCUACCUAGAGAACCGCCAGCACUACCAGAUGAUCCAGAGGGAGGAUCAGGAGACGGCCGUGUAGCCAGAGCGCAGGAAGAGGGGCAGCUUGGCCGCACCCGCCAGCCCGGGCCUCGGCCCUGCCCGUUCACACUGCUACAUUCCACUGGGCCGGAGGACGCACCGUGGGGGGACCCUGCCUGGGGAAGGAGCCCCGUGGCCGGCCUGGGCCCCCGAGACCCCCGCCCCGUGCAUGUGUCUGUUGCCUGGCUUCCGAGCCCAUCUUCCCCGCCGAGCCGCCAGCCGCAGCCUAAGAAAUGGCGCCGGGGGCGCGGGGGCCCCGAGGCGGCGUGGGGGGACAGCUGCCGGGCCCCACACUUGCCCUUCCGGCCCCGCCCCCGCCCCUCGCACGCGCCCCUUUUCAUCCCAGGCGGGAGAUCCAUCCAGAAGUCGGGGUGGGGGAGGGUCCCGGGAGGCUCGCGUGGUGUCAUGUUUACAGCCCAGCUGGGUGGAACUCAGUAAAAGGAUCUUUUUUCCUA